CUUUUGGUUAGUCUGCCUUUGACGUCAUCCUGACGUGGAUUUUGCUUGCUCGUAUCAUUUCAAUUCUCAUAAUCUUAUUUCCUGCUCAUAACUCAAACUCAUUCCACCGCCGACGUUUCUACGUUAUAAUUUUUAGAUAUAAGUAUUAUCCAUUGUGCCAAAAAUAAAGUUUCUUUUAAAAAGUAAAAAUAGCAAGAAAGAAAACAAAACUUGUUCUAACCAUGGUUGCAAUUGCAACGGCACUAAGUUUACUUUUAAUUUUCACGACUGCUCGCUCAGAUGAAGCUCCUAAAGGACCUAAAGUUACUCACAAGGUUAGCUUUGACAUUACCUUAGGAGAUGAAAACAUUGGCACUAUUGUGAUUGGUUUGUUUGGGAAAACAGUACCAAAAACUGUUGAGAACUUCUUCCAAUUAGCACAGAAACCUGCUGGUGAAGGAUACAAAGGGAGCAAGUUCCACAGAGUUAUUGAUAACUUUAUGAUCCAAGGAGGUGAUUUCACUAAGGGUGAUGGUACUGGAGGUCGCAGUAUUUAUGGUGAGCGUUUUGAAGAUGAGAAUUUCAAACUUCGCCACUAUGGAGCUGGCUGGCUCUCAAUGGCCAAUGCUGGAAAGGACACUAAUGGUUCCCAAUUCUUUAUCACCACUACUAAAACACCUUGGUUGGACGGUAGACACGUUGUUUUUGGAAAGAUUUUAGAGGGCAUGGAUGUUGUUCGCAAGAUUGAAAAGACUGUAACAGGAUCCAACGACCGUCCAGUAAAGGAUGUUGUGAUCGCAGAUUCUCGUGCUGAAGUUGUUUCAGAACCUUUUAGUGUUACAAAAGAAAGUGCUCAAUAAUAUAAAAUUAAAUAAUAUUAAUAUGUAGAUAUCUCUACUAUUGCCUCUAAGUUUAUUAUUUUUCUUAAUAUUUUUUUAUCACAACAUAUUUUUCAGUAACAUGGAUAAAAUAUUUGAGAUAAGAGCAAUAAUUUUAUUUACAAAGUUAUUUUCCUUUUAAUAAUAAAAUUUGUGUCUAAGAAAUAAAAUAAUCAUAUGCUAA